AUGAACCCAUUUCAAAUUGCGCUUUAUGCGCUAUUCAGUAUUGCCCUUUUUGGGCAUUGUACUCUGGCCUUCAACCCCCUUAGCAAGACCAAUGUUGUCAACUACUGGGGACAAAACUCUGUCUCGUCCGUUGGAGGCACCGAAGGUGAUCUGGCCACCUAUUGCCAGGAUGAUACCGUCGAUGCCUUUGUCGUUGCCUUUGUCUCCCAGAUUGUGAACGGCGCCCCCAUCCUAAACUUGGCCAAUCACUGCGGUGCUACCUUCCCUGGAACUAGUCUUCUCAACUGCCCCAAAGUUGGCCAAGAUAUCAAGGCCUGCCAAGCUAAAGGAAAGGCCCUUGUUAUCUCCAUUGGCGGUGCCUCCGGCUCCUACUCUAUUGACGAUCCUGCGGCAGGUGCUGCAUUUGCGGAGCAGAUUUGGAACAUCUUCCUGGGCGGCAACUCGGCCACGCGUCCAUUCGGUGAUGCCGUUCUUGAUGGUGUCGAUCUUGACCUUGAAUCCGGCACCAACAAAGGAUAUGUCGCCUUCAUUGAGACCCUUCGCGCCAAGUUCGCAGCCACGUCUCGCCCCUUCUACAUCACCUCCGCCCCCCAAUGCCCAUACCCAGAUCUGGCCACACAGGCCGCACUCAACGCGGCAUGGUUUGACCUGGUCUUGGUCCAGUUCUACAACAACUAUUGCGGCGUGCAGAGCUACGGUACGAGUAACUUCAACUUUGAUUCAUGGAACAAAUGGGCCACGGAAGUGUCCAUCAACAAGAACGUGCGAGUGCUUUUAGGUGUCCCUGGUGGCCCCGGAGGUGCAGGUUCGGGUAUCAUUGGAGCCAGUCAACUUACCACAAUCCUCGGCAACGUCAAGUCAUACUCGAACUUUGGUGGUGUAAUGAUGUGGGACGUUGGAAUCGCCAAACAGUCCGGUCUUGCUGUAGCCGCCGCCAACUACCUUCAUAGCCAACCUAGUACAACAACUACAACCUCAUCCCGCACGACAACGACCGCUACUACCACCACAACCUCCACUCGUACCUCUACCGCCCCCACCUCGACACCAACCGGUGGAUCGUGCUCUGCUCCUGCUUGGUCCGCCACCGCCACUUAUAAUGCCCAGGACCAAGUCUCGUACAAUGGCCGUCUCUACUCUGCUCUGUGGUGGUCCCAGAACAACGUCCCUUCUGCUGGUGCCCCCUGGUCCGACAUUGGUGCCUGCAGUGGCACUGGUCCCACUCCCACUGGCACUCCUACCCCUGGCGGCUGUGGUUCUGUUGGCGCUUGGUCCUCCUCGACGGCCUACAGUGGUGGCGCCAAGGUUUCGUAUGCCGGAUUCGUCUACACUGCACAGUGGUGGACUCAAGGCGAGACUCCCGGCUCAGCCUCGGUUUGGACCAAGGGCGCUGCCUGCUCCGGUACCCUUCGUCGUCGCCGUCUUUACGCCAAUCGACGCUAA